AUGCAGCCAACUGAGCGCGAUGUCGCCGCUCCACCCUCGUCCUCGACUGCACCGGUAGCCCCCGCCGCGCCUGUGGCCGGUGCGAGCAGCGGAGGACAGGAUCGACGGCGGUCCAGCUCGGGUGCGAUGGUAGAUCAGCAGGCGGUCGGGCGGGGCCAGGCAGCGGUCGAGAUGGCGCACAGGAGGACUCAGAGUGGGCCAGGACUGGCGGCGCCGUCGCAUAGCCCCGCAACCGGACGACCAGGCGGCACCCGCAUCUCUCCUCCUCAUCCUUCGCGGACAGCGCCUUCCAGUGCGGUCUUUCCAGCUCCGCAGCCGUCGAGACCGUCGUCUGUAUCGACGACAGCCGCGCCGGCGUUCGCUUCCGCCAACUUUGCCGCCGUUCACCCAGCACCGCAACAAGCGGGUCCAGUCUCGCCUGCUCAGGGGCCAGUAGACCCGCGCCUCUACACCCUCGACAUGGUCCAGCAAGCUCGCGAUUCUUACCUCGAGACUUUGUCGACGUUGUUCUGUCAUGGCGCCUCGACCAUCGAAAUUGCGUUGCAGGAGGACGCCUUGCGCUGCCUCAGCAAGGCGAAGUUGCCCACCGCGCAAAGCAUGCUCGCCGAGUUCGCAGCCGACAUGUUGGUCAUCAACGGCUGUCGCCCGAAGGACUAUCUCGCCUUCUUCGACGAAUACAAGGAUUGGGCUCGCAAGCAGCGCAUCCCGACUCUCCCGCUUACCGGCGCCACAAUUGUCUACUUCCUUAUCGACUGCAUCUCUCGCCCCGAAGAUCGGGAGCGCAUCGUCCAGGUCCUCGAGCUGUACCGCCGGGCGACGAUCGACGUACACCUCACCUUGGGUGGAAAGACCAAGUCGGAAUUCGCGGUGAGCUGGCAGGAGUCGGACUGGGCGAAGUGGUUCCCCUUUGUGGAACAGGCGACAAUCAGCCUGCACGAGUGGUUCGCUGUCCGCGAGGUAUGCGGACUUGGAGAACCACAGGGAGCGCCUCUUCCGCCCUCAGUCACGUUCUACCCCCCUCCCCCUUAUCCUGUCGUUCAGCCGUACGCAACAGUGCCCUCGAGUGCAUCAGGCUUGACGACUGCACCGCCAACUCCGUCCAAUCCUUCGACAACGCAAGUACCGCCGUCCGCCCAAGCUUCGACGCUCGCCUAUUACCCGCAACCUACGAACGCCGCGCACCAUCCCGCUCCGCCUAUACGAAGUCAGUCGUCUCAGCAUUCUCAUUCAUCGAAUCCGCGUACGCCGACCGCUCCCUCAGUCGCCCACUUCCAGCCCCCAAACAUGCCGCGCUCCAGUGCGUUUCCUUCUCACGAGCCGCUCCCGCCUCAAGCGCGAGCAUCCAACCCGCCAAGCCCUGCCGUAGCAGCUCCUCCGCCGCCGCAGCAGCCUGUCCCGAACCUUUCGGCCUAUCCUCAAUCGGUUCAGCCUUACCAGCCAUAUCGACGAGACGUGCCGAACGCGUCGAUUCGCCCUCCCCAACCGUCCAUACACCAACAGGUACCUCCGUCCAUGCCUCCAGUUCUCCCUCCGCCGAACGCUGCCGCCUCGCCACCGACUACAACGUCGGCUCAGUCUGCGACUCCAGCGCAACCGCCUACUGCACCUCCUCCGCCUUUAUCGAGAUUCACCUUUCCUGCACCGGUAGCUCACACGCCUGCCGACAUCGUCGACGUGAACGAGCCCCCGCGUAAGAAGCGGCGCAGGAGGCGCAAACGGCCGUCACUGCCGCAGGAGGAGGAAGCGGAGGAGGACGACUUCUACGCCGCCGUCAGCGAGGUGCAGAGCGCGAUCAACUCGUACCGCCACGAGCAUCAAGCCCUCGUCGUCGCCAUUCAUCUGCAGAAGACCGCUCACACUCGCGUCAGUCCUUGGCGGAACGGCAGACCCGAGACUGGAACAGCGGCCUCAGCCGCCAGUCUUGAUCUCGAGACCCCUUUCGGCGACUACAUUCCUACGAUGACCUCCGAGCCCACCGCGUUUGAGACGUGCAUCGUCAAAGUCAAUACCUCCCGGGACCCGCUCAACGUCCUCCUUCCCUUCCCCGGCAAUCCUCCCCCUCCCGUUCGCGCCAAGAUCACCAGUCAGCCGUUCCCGCGCCUUUCCCGACCAGACGACGCGUUCUCACUCGCGCCUCAGCCGUUCUUGACCUACCCAAGCUGUCUGCGCCCGCCAGGCGACGCCAAGCGUGUCCAGCUGUGGGAUUGGGCGCUCGGUCUCGGCGACGCGGCGAAGCGGUCUGUUGAGGAUGCAGCGGCUCAGACAGGGAGGGCGCUCGACGGCGACGAGCUCGAGCGAGCGAAGAAGGCUCAGCUGGGCGCGAUGGUGCGGGAGGCUGUCCAGGGGGCCUCGAUGGAGCCUCUGCCCGACGCGAAGGAGCCGAAGCUGGCGAAGCGGACGAGGCGGAUGGUCAGGAGCAUAGCGUCGUCUGCUACAGCUUCGGGCAAAAGGAAGGAAUCGGUCGUGCUCGAUCUGGUGGACGACCAAGAUCCGCAAGUCGACGAUGCGACGUCGACCAAGUCAAGCGAGAAUGCAUCACGCCCUGCAGGCGCUGUCGGCACCGCGUCCUCAGCUGGUCCAGUCCGCCCUCCUCCUUCCGCUGGCACGAGCUCUACUCCUGCACUACCGACUGUACGACCUCGAGCAGGCUCAACAGGCGCCAUGCGACGACGAGCGUCUGUCAGCGGUGCCAAUGUCCAUCCCCUCGCCCAGUACUACGUGCAAGCUCCCGGCGCGAUGCGGCAACAGCUUCGCGACAUGUCGGCCGACAUACGAGGCGUCCCAAGCGACUCGACUGCCGGCGCCCUCGCGCAAGCAACGUCGAGGAUCCCCGCCUUGCGUCCGAACGGCCUGUCUACCGCCUCUCCGCGCAUCGGCUCGAGCAAAUCGCCCGCUCUCGCCUCUCCGCCGCUCGUGCCAAUGCCUCUCGAUGGCGUUGACGAAGCGGGCGAUUCGAUCAUGAACGGCCCGGAAACCGCCAGGCAGGACACGGUCGAACCUCCCCUUCCGUCCGGCUCGACGGCUCUCGGCGUCAUCGUCGAUUCGCCGGCAGGUGCGAACAUCGCAGCAGUCGGCAAGUCGGGUACGGAUGCAGCGCUCAUCGAAGGAGGCGCCGCGAUGGCCGUCGGAUCAGCCGUUGCGUCCGCUGUCGGGUCAGUCCUACGAGCGACAGUCGGAGCAGUCUCCGCCGCCGCGAAGGCCGUCGUACCUGGCGCACUCGCCGGCAAGCAGGAUGACGCUGCGUCCGCUAAACUCGCGGUUGAUGAGGACGAUGGCGCGCAAGAUUGGCCUGCGAGCAGGUCGGCGACGCCAGUCAACGCGACCGGCAAGCGUCAUCGACGCUGCAAGAUCUGCGCAAGCGCGGAAUGCCCUGGACGAUGGCGGCGCGAUGUGUGCACGGCUGCGUCGAGAGCGGCAGGCGGAGAGCGGCGGCUGGACAAGGGCAAGGCAAAGGCGGACGGAGCGGUAGCAGGGGAGGAGGCCCUAGCGCGCAAGAGGAGGAUGGUCGCGCCGCGGAUGCAUCCCUGCUCGGUUCGCAACAUGCGGGUGGAUUGGCUGAGGGUGUCGGAGCCUGUGCGGCCAUUCGGACCCUUCCAUUGA